GUAAGCUGUUAGGCCUAUUUUUGCAACGAGACGAAAGACCUCGUUUUCGGGAUAGGACUUGCUCAUAUUGUAAGCGAGGCCUAUGAGCCUUCUUUUACAUGGUGGACUAAACUUCCAGUAGUCAUGGGGAAGUUCAUGAAAUCUGGCAAAGUUGUUCUCUUGCUUGGAGGAAAAUAUGCAGGGAGGAAGGCAGUCAUUGUAAAAAAUUAUGAUGAUGGUAGCCAGGAAAAGCCAUAUGGACAUGCUAUUGUUGCUGGCAUUGAUAGAUACCCAUUGAAAAUCACAAAGCCAAUGGGCAAGAAAAGGGCAGCCAAAAGAUCCAGGAUCAAGACAUUUGUCAAAGUUUGCAAUUACAAUCAUAUGAUGCCAACCAGAUAUUCACUUGAUGUCAAUGUUGACAAGGCUGUUGUAAACAAAGAUGCCUUGAAAGACUCAAGUAAAAGAAGAAAAGCCAAAAUGGAAGUGAAAUCAAAAUUGGAAGAAAGGUACAAGACUGGAAAGAACAAAUGGUUUUUCCAAAAACUUCGCUUCUAAUUUGUUAAUAAGAUUAAAAAUUGUAAAGGGAAAA